CAGAGUGGUGGAAUAGUGCCAUUAAAUGCCUGCAUGUAUCUGAGUGUGUAAUAGGUAGUAAGCUGCUACGCCACUGCGCAACGAUGGAGCUAUCGUAGCGAUGGAGAUGACGCAAACCGACCCCGCUCCCCCCAAAAGUGUUCAAGACGAACAUGGCGGCAAUUUAACCCAGGUCCAAGAUGACUGUGGCCAUCGGGAGAAAAGAUCCAAGGCAUUCAACCCAGAUACGAACCGGAAAAAAUCAACUGGGGCACAAUCAAACGGCUUUUGCUUUCUCAUAAUUGAAUCCGGGAAACUGCAGCAGUAACGGCAACAGCAUUGAUAAGCUGGCCACAGCUGGUCUCUCUGCGCGCGAGCACCACCCCGGAGAGCAGAAGAGAGGGAGCGAGGCGCGAGGCAUGCGGUUACAGAGAACGUGGUUUCCCCCCGGAGAGCCAUGGAGAACGGGGAUGCGGCAGCGCGAGGCUUAAUCUGUGCGGGCGCGCUAAUUGGAUCGGAAUAACACGCCGACGGCGUCGGGCGCGAGAGAGGAGAGCCCAGGACCGGCGGCGGCACGGCAGCCCACCGUUACCGAGGAUAAAUAACCAGAGUCCAUCUCCCAAAGUCAAUGAGUAUAGUGGCAGAGGAGCCCCCGCGGUGGAGUCGGCCAGAGCUGCGCUUUUCCUAAAAUAUGACCAGGGGUGCUUGGAUGUGUCGGAAGCAAGAUGACGGCUUAAAUAUCUGGUUUGCACCCCGAGAGAACGAGAAGCCAUUUACCGAGUCGGAGCGGGCCCAGAGAUGGCGCCUGUCGCUGGCCUCUCUUCUCUUCAUCACCGUCCUGCUCUCUGAUCACUUGUGGUUCUGCGCCGAGGCCAAACUGACGCGGACCCGAGACAAGCGGCAGGACAAGCGGCUCGCCUUUACGGACAUGGUCGAGUACCCAAACUCCACUCACCACCACACCCCCUCCUCUGACCCCCAUUCCCCCCACGGCCCCCUUGCCAGAAAGCCAGAUAUUAUUUUUAUAGGGAAUUCUACCAAACCUCUGUGGCGACUGGACACCUGUCACCCGGACAGCUUGUCCAAAGACUGCUUCACUUUCACCGACGCAGAGCCCGUGUGCCUGGGCCUCUCCGGGGGCGGGGAGAGGACGCAGUCGGCAGACUUGAAUCUGAGCGAUUUGUAUCUUUCUUUUUGUAAUUCCUACUCUCUUUUGGAUUUGUUUAACGGGAUUACAAGUCCGGACAAUAUAAACUGCAGCCUGGACGUGGCUGAGGGUGACACGCUGGGAUGCAGCGAGUGUGUCCGGGUUUACCAGCGCUUUGACCGGCAAGCUCAGGAGGACUACCGGGAGUUUGAGCUGUUGGUUGAGAAAUAUGAGACUGAUGAAUACUCGGUCAGGACAUGUAUGGAGGAAUGCAAGACGGUAUAUAAGCCCUGGCUGUGCUCACAGUACUUCCAGACCACACAGAUGCACUGCAGUAAGAGGAUCCCGUGUGGCCAGUACUGUCUGGAGGUGCAGCAGAGGUGUCCCUUCAUCCUUCCCGACAAUGACGAUCUCAUCCACGGAGGAAGCCCCAGUUUUAUAUGCACAGGGCUGUUGGAGGAGUACCAUGGGGUGGUGGGUGCAGACGCAGAGUGCUGUGAUGUUCGGUGGGACUUCCAGACAGAAGCGGACAACAACCAUUCCCGGGGGACCCUCAAAAGAACUCACCCAUCCUGUCACCACCGUACCUCUCUCAGUUCCUCGGCCGUGUGCAGAGUGUGCAACAGCCGGCUCAAACUCUGCCUGCUAGUCCUUGUCCUCCUGCACACUGUCGCCUCCCUAACCGCAUCCCACAAUGCAACGGGACUGGGCCUCCCUGCCUCACUCGCCCCUCUGGAGGAGAGCUCCCCCGCCAACGAGGAGUGAACGGGUGGCCGAUGAUAUAGGUUGUCACGACAAUAUGAAACAUCUCCGCCUCGGUCGGGAAUGCUAUGUGCUGUUGGCUAGACGUCUGCAGCCGCUGUGCUUUCUGGGUAAUUGAGUCUUUGCAGAGGUGUUGGACUACUUAUAAAUGGAAGACAUGCAAAUCAAUCAAAACAAACAGACUUACAAACAAAGAGAGGAAAACAUGACAGUGUCGGGAACGUGGGACAAGGCAGCAGCCUGUGUUGAGUAGGAAGAACUCCUCACUGCUGAGUUUCUCUCACUGAGCUUUUUUACACUGUUUCCCUGUUCUGGCUUUCUGUUGCACUGGCCAACUACGGGAUAACACUCACUGUCCUUUUACAAUGUCCAUCCUUUAUGUUGUUCCUUUAUGGGUCUCUUGUGCACGAAGGAAAUGUCUCAUCAGUAUAGGAUAGAUAACAUCAAAAAGCAAAGUUGUGAGUGUGUGCAUACUUGUGUGUGUGUGAUUGUGUGUGGGUGUUUACUCUGAAGUCUCAACUUAUUUGGGUUCCCAUUCCUAAAGCGGCUUUAGAUGUAGGAAAGGACACUAAAAUGUUAGAGUAGUGGUUUGUUCUCAUGGUUCCGUGUGGCUAAAUUGGUAGAGAAUGGUGCUUACAGCGCCAGGGUUGUGGGUUUGAUUCCCACGGGGGACCAGUAUGAAAAUGUAUGCACUCACUACUGUAAAUUGCUUUGGAUAAGAGCAUCUGCUACAAUGUAAACAAAUUAUCCUUGGUAAAAUUAACGUACACCCAGACUACACUACUGGCCAGUGAUAUAAUUCUAAUGCUUCUCAAUAUAGAAGACAACCCCUUGAUAUAGAAGUAUCCCACUAGCCUUUCUCUGUCCCUACCACACACUCUGUCCAUGCUCUGUCUUCUCAGCCCAGCACUCCACACAUAGCAGGUCUACUGUUUGUCUAAUCAAAAUGUCUUACCUCUAUUCUGUACGUGCAUGUGGAGGCUCUCUUAAUGAUGUGAAAUUCACAGCCUUGUUGGUUUGCUUUACAUAGCCUUAGCCCCCCUUUGUGGUAGAGAACACUACUGCACCCCCAAAAGACCACUAGUAAGGUAGCAUGUCCUCUGCUUUCUUCAACUAAUGUUACUUAUCUUACAUUAUGUAAAGGGCUUAUUUCUAUAUACAAACACAGACAAAAAUGUGCUUGAGGUAUGGCUUCAGGUAUCUCAGUUCACACUGCAUGCUUAGGGUUAUACCUUCAAAGGUAAGCAUUUGCUUAAAAUGUGUUUAAUGUGUUGCUAUAGAGAGCGGGCAGGUGUAGGACACAGUAUGUAGUAUGUUUGAGGAGAAACGUUGGGCGGCACAGUAAGGCUGAGAAGCUCAAUGGCAUUAUGUUAACAUUACUGUUAGCAUUAUGGUUUGUGUGAGCUGGAAGAAAAGGCAAUAUUUAAGGGCUGUUUUAAUCAUUUCUUGUCCCUUUGUUUUCUAGCUGAUUAACUGAACUGAUAGAUAGUGGUGUCAGGUUUUUUAGGCCUAACAAAUGUAUGCUGAAUGCAGAAUUCUCCACUUUCAUGUCUGUUGAAUAUAUAUGUUAGCUGCCUAUUGCUAGGUCCGGCUUGUCAGAUUCUACUAGUCAACUACAGGUCCCACAAAUUGAGAAACAAAUAGAAAACUGGUUCUCUGCUCAUUCAUUGUGUCAUUCUCCAUUGUGAGAUUUGUCUGUUUACUUGUUGUCUCACUCAAAGUCAUGCUGCAUUCACGACCCUCGGAGUGUUGGGAAAUGCAACCUGUAGACUCAGAGCAAUGGAGUUGUGUGCAUUCACAUGCUUUGAACUCGUUGAGAACACCAAUAGGCUAACGUCAAGAUAGCAACUUUAACCAUAAACAUACUAUCAUGCUCAAAAACAAAUUAUAGUGUUCAAAAGCCUUCAAAUUGAUUGUUUUUGAUAAAUAAUGUUUUGUUGUUGCAUUUACCUGCCAAAAAUGCUGUCAUCAAAGUAUUUUCCUUCAGUGAUGUCAGAGUUCAGCAUGUCAGAGAAGUUGGGUUCCAGAGAUGAUACCUGAGUUGCAAGGUUGUAAUUAGGACUUGGAAGUUUAGAUUACUCCGAUAGGUUGUGAAUGCAGGAUCUGUUCAUUUGACCCCAUCAUCCCAUCAUUCCUGUUUCCUCUCUGGUUCCAUCACCCUGUCAUUGCCGUUUCCUCUCUGGUUCCAUCACCCCGUCAUUGCCGUUUCCUCUCUGGUUCCAUCACCAGAUCAUUCCUGUUUCCUCUCUGGUUCCAUGGCCUGUAAUUCCACAGGCCAACAGUAGAUGGGGCUCUUGAAUAGGUUUAUUUUAAGAAUGUAUUAUACAUGAUGAAUUAAAGGUAGAAUGUCAAAUGAAAUCCUAGCAAGAUUGGACCACUGGAAGAUGGGGUCAAAGAUAGUCAAAGCAGAUGCAUAAGGAUACAGGAGGCUGAGGUCUUCGGAACCUAGUGAUGAUGGAGGUGUGUGUGUGUGUGUGUGUGUGUAUGUUCGAGGGGCUUCUGGUGGCUCACCAAUUAGUCAGGUUCCGCACAGAGCCAGUCUUCUCUGGAGACCUCAUUAGCAUGGCUGUGCCUAGGGGCCUGCAGGUGUGGCGGAAAUGUCCUGUUUUUAGAGCCCUCAGGAGACACAAUAUUAACUAGCCCAUGAAUCACUUCUUCCUCUUCGUUGCACCUAACACCUACUGUAAGUCAGCACACAGCAUACAUACACCUUCAUCAGCAUUACACCUCUAUCAGCCUCUCAUCUAGACCUUCAUCUGCAUUAAACCUACAAUAGAUCUGAACGUCAUCUUCUAGUAAACACACUCAUUCUGUCCAUCUGAGAGAUGAGUGAAAAAGAGGUUGACAGAGAUUCAGAGGGAAGGUAGGGAUCUGGAGAAAACACAUUGACGGAGGAUGAAAUGAGAAAGAGAGGGAGAAGGAGUCACAGAAGGAGAGAGGGAGAAGGAGUCACAGAGUGAGAGAGGGAGAAGGAGUCACAGAGUGAGAGAGGGAGAAGGAGUCACAGAGUGAGAGAGGGAGAAGGAGUCACAGAGUGAGAGAGGGAGAAGGAGUCACAGAGUGAGAGAGGGGAUGGAUGGUUGACAAAUCAAAAUGAACAAAGGGCCAAACCCUAAAUCAGUGAGUAUGUGAUGUUACAGUAUGCAAGAGAAUUCCACACAUGACCAGAAUAAAGCCAUGGCCUUUUUGGAGAGCUCUAGAUAGUAUGUCCUGAGAGAAAAGAGAUAUUAUCACCAAAUAUAAGACUAUUCUCAGCAGCUACAAUACCAUUUAGUAAAAGUGCCCUAAAAAGGCUUAUGUUAGCAUGUUAGCUUCAGUGCUAUCCUACUGCAUCAAGACAAUCCUUAUACUGUAUCUCCUGACUAUCACUCUUAUGUGUGACCCAUACCUUGUAGGAGUCUACCACGUUAGUAGGCUACUCCACCAAAAUGAGGCCCCCAAAUAUUCUAGGAAAAUUGCAUCUUGUCUUGCUCUUCAUUUUUCCAUGUUCCAUAUCUGAUAUAAGGUUGAGAUCCAAUGACCUUAUGGACCUCGGUGUGAUUUGACCCUGAACCAGUAUACAUCCUAUAGCUUUACAUCAACACACUAAGUCAUGCGCAUGUAAAAGUCCCUUUUACAUGCAGUAAUGCAUCAUGUACUACCAAUGGCUGUCCUGGCUGAUGACUACAGUAUGUGUUCUCCAUGCCAUCUCUCACUGACAAUACUGUGCCAUAGACUCACCAUAAACAUUACUGUACACAAGCUUUCUCCAAAUAAAGAUAGACUUUAUGAAAUUCCAUGAAUAAACAUUUUUCUAAUUUCGAUAUGGUCAACGCAGGCAUGUAUGCAACACUGCUGUGAUUUGCUAGGUUUGAUUCCCUAUUAUGCUAAUGUGGUUUAAGGCCCUAUCAUUUCAAUCUAGAUCACAAUGACAUUGAUGUUGUACUGUAUGUACUAUAGACCUCCUAAUGAGUACCAUGACCCAAUCUAAAGACAUCACAUUUAUAGUGUUGUGUUCAUUACACAUAAUUAUGUGUUCUUAUCCUGUUCCACUCUCCCGCUUGUGCAGCUGCCUGAUAUACAGUUGAAGUUGGAAGUUUACAUAAACUUAGGUUGAAGUCAUAAAAACUAGUUUUCAACCACUCCACACAUUUCUUGUUAACAAACUAUAGUUACGGUAAGUCGGUUAGGAAAUCUACUUUUUGCAUGACACAAGUCAUUUUUCCAACAAUUGUUUACAGACAGAUUAUUUCACUUAUAAUUCACUAUAUCACAAUUCCAGUGGGUCAGAAGUUUACAUACACUAAGUUGACUGUGCCUUCAAACAGCUUGGAAAAUUCCAGAAAAUUAUGUCAUGGCUUUAGAAGCUUCUGAUAGGCUAAUUGACAUACUUUGAGUCAAAUGGAGGUGUACCUGUGGAUGUAUUUCAAGGCCUACCUUCAAAUGCAGUGCCUCUUUGCUUGACAUCAUGGGAAAAUCAAAAUAAAUAAUCCAAGAACUCAGAAAAAAAACACACAGCCGUCAUACCGCCUAGGAAAGAGAAGCGUUCUCUCUCUUAGAGAUGAACGUACUUUGGUGCGAAAAGUGCAAAUCAAUCCCUGAACAACAGCAAAGGACUUUGUGAAGAUGCUGGAGGACACAGGUACAAAAGUAUCUAUAUCCACAGUAAAACGAGUCCUAUAUCGCCAUAACCUGAACGGCCGCUCAGCAAGGAAGAAGCCACUGCUCCAAAACCGCCAUAAAAAAGCCAGACUACGGUUUGCAUCUGCACAUGGGGACAAAUAUGGUACUUUUUGGAGAAAUGUCCUCUUGUCUGAUGAAACAAAAAUAGAACUGUUUGGCGAUAAUGACCAUCGUUAUGUUUGGAGGAAAAGGGGGAGGCUUGCAAGCCAAAUAACACCAUCCCAACCAUGAAGCACGGGGGUGGCAGCAUCGUGUUGUGGGGUGCUUUGCUGCAGGAGGGACUGGUGCACUUCACAAAACAGAUGGCAUCAUGAGGGAGGAAAAUGAUGUGGAUAUAUUGAAACACCAUCUCAAGACAUCAGUCAGGAAGUUAAAGCUUGGUCUCAAAUGGGUCUUCCAAAUGGACAAUGACCCCAAGCAUACUUCCAAAGUUGUUGGAAAAUGGCUUAAUGACAACAAAGUCAAGCUAUAGAAAAUGUGUGGGCAGAACUGAAAACGUGUGUGCUAGCAAGGAGGCCUACAAACCUGACUCUGUUACACCAGCUCUGUCAAGAGGAAAGGGACAAAAUUCAUCCAACUUAUUGUUGGAAGCUUGUGGAAGGUUACACAAAACGUUUGACCCAAGUUAAACAAUUUAAAGGCAAUGCUACCAAAUACUAAUUGAGUGUAUGUAAAUGUCUGACCCACUGGGAUGUGAUGAAAUAAAUAAAAGCUGAAAUAAAUAAUUAUCUUUACUAUUAUUCUGACAUUUCACAUUCUUAAAAUAAAGUGGUGAUUGUGAAAAACUGAGUUUAAAUGUAAUUGGCUAAGGUGUAUGUAAACUUCCGACUUCAACUGUAAAUGUCUCUCUUUUUCUUUCUCUCCCUCUCUUUUUAGCCAUGUUUUUGUUCUGUCCUGUGGAUCUAUGCAGAAGCCCAUUCCUUUUUUUGGUUGUAAAUAUGUUCCCUAGAAUGCUGAACGAUGUAUCAAGUAUAUCUUUGCUUCCAGGUUAUCUUGCGUUUUGAGUUGAUGUCAUAUUUCUUUACUCUUCUUCUUUUAUUUUUCCCCCUUGAGCGUCUGAAAUCAUUGGUUGCGUUUUUGUUGAAGUAGGAAGAGAAUUUGGUGGGGCUUAACCAAUAGAAUUGUCCUCAGAUUCACACCCUUAUUGAGAGAGGUUAUGGGACUGUGUGUGUGUGGGAGAGAGAGAGAGAGAGAAAGCUAUAUGAUUAUAAAAAAGGUUCAAAGGCAUAUAGAAGUAUCAUUACAGUUAUGGUUAUUAUGAUUACUAUUAUACUACCGGUAUAUUGUAAUAUUAUAGAUGCUUUAGUUCAGUAACUUCUUUAAUUUUUUUACAAACGACUUUGAUGAAAUGAUUUAUAAAACAAGUCAUGAUCUUUUGGAAAAGUAUCAAAACUACUGCUACAAUGAUGAAAUUGUCUUCUGAUUAAAAUAAAUGCAGACAUAUAA